CACACCCCUUCAUCCAAUAUUUGCUCAACAGUCUCACAUGAGGCUGCUUUAAAUAUCCCUCCGCUGAUGGAGACUCGCUAAACUACUUUACACUUAACUUCGGAAAUGAUUCCACCUUCAAUACUUAUUUAAAUUUGCUGUCUCAUUGUUGUAUCACUCAUUUACUCUACUUUAUUAUUUAGCUGAGGUAUUGUUUCGCGAGCGUCGUGCUUUGUACAAUUAAACAUAUACGAUGGAUUUUAUUUUUCACGGUGUUGACCGGAAGUAGUUCAGUGCUGCCGCUCGUAGCUUGACGGAGCUUCGCGGCAGGUGGAUCAACGUUCACCUCGUAGUUUCUCUGACGCGCCGCUGUGUUAAUGUCAACUCGCUCGAGCGCUCACUUCGUCGGUAAAACCGGGAUACACGUUUUUUUCUUCCCGUCUGUGCGUCGCUGGAGGCUGUAAAGCACCGGAGGAACAUAACGUUUAACGUUACUGCUUCACCGUCUCGGGUGUAGUAGAUCCACACUGUGCUGACUGAAAGGUCAGGGUUUGGCCCGGGACAGAUGCAGGAGGCCGGUGAGGCCUGCAGCCUGGAUGAUGACAUGGCGAACGGGGACCUGGGCGACGGGAUGGGAGUCAGAGCGGCACCGAGCUCCACGAGGAACAAGAGACAGAGCUCGGACGGCCUCGCGGAGAUGCCAUUGUCCAGAACGGAGCCGCUCGGAUGGGCGGGAGAGGUGGCCUGGAUCCCCGGACUGAAGACCACGGGAACGCAGCAGAGAGCCCGCUGGAAGCCGCCCUGCUACAGCUCACUGGUGGACCUGUCCAAAGACGAGCUGAGAGACAGACUCCAGGAAGCAACGGAGGUGAUAGACGUAUUGUGCUGCGAGUUGGAGGUGGCACAUCGUUACGUCGAAGGCAAAUAUGAAGCUCUGAAGAUCCUGCAGGGAAAGGCCAUUCUUGACAAAGCCACGAGUCACACGAAAAGUCUGCUGCAGAAGAGCGAGGCGGAGGCCAAAGCUCUGGAAAAGGAGGUGAACAGAUUGCAGUGGGAACUGAGCUUCAACCAGGUCCAGAUGAAGAAGUCUCAGCAAUCCUGGGAACAGAAACACAACAGAGUUUUGAGUGAGAACAAGACCCUGACCGACAACCUGGAAGAAAGGCAGCGAGAGAUCCUGCAGCUCCGGGCAGAAAACUCUGCUCGUAGUCGGCAGUGCUUGGAGCUUCUCUCCAUGCUGAGCGUGAAGGAGCAGCGAGCUUACGAAGGAACCAAGCCUCAAUACAGCCCAGAGAGAGAUUCAAGUGUUCUGGAGCUGGCGGUGUUGGGGGCCUGCCGGUGUGAUGGUGCUGCUGAAGCUUGUCUGUGCAGCCGGACCGCUGCCGCCGGCAGGAAGCAGCUCGUCCAGCUGCAACAGGAGCUGGAUGCUCAGCGUUCGAGGAGAGAGGAGGCGUCGAUGGUCGCGGAUGCUUUCCGCAUCGCCUUCGAACAGCAGCUGAGGAAACGAAGUGAUUACUUCCUGCUGCUGGCCGACGCCAACAUCCUGAAAUCCCACCGCUGCAAGGCCGAAGGUGCUACCAGGAGUCCUCUGAUCAGUGUGAGCCAGAGGUUGAGAGGAUUGCUGCCGUCCAAGAUGCCCGAUGAUCUUAUAGAGACUCUCUAUAGACUGCUGGACUUGCUGAACGACAAGGACGAGGCCCUGGCCCACCAGAGGAAGGUGAGCAUCAUGUUAGCCCACAGUGCAGAGGAGCUGCAGAGACGGUUGCAUCUAGAUUCACAUCACGGGCCAUCAGACCCAUCAGAGAACCACAGCCGGUCUCGGCAAACGUCCGACGCACCGGAGUCUAAGAUGCAACCACAAGUCCCACCGGAGUCCAACGUCCAAGCUCGGCUUCAGCUGCUUCAGCCAGGACAACCGCCGAGUCUGUCAGAGUCCAGGACUGAACCGCGGGAGCUGGCGGACCCGUCGCAGUCUGACAUCCAGCCACCGUCUAACCACAAGAGCCACGAGUCUGAAAUCCAACAAACAGAUCAACAAGAGUCCUGAUCCACCUACAGGAUCUACCUGGACUCCAUAGCUCGUGGCCAAAGACGCAGUUGUGCCGGUUUGCUUCCAGAAGAACUGGGGAAGAAUUUUUGCAGGUGUUUUUUUUGUUGUUGAAUUUCUUUUUUCAUCUGUGGAACAAGUGAACGAAACCAUGUUUGGGCUGAUACAGGACUGGAACCUAAAGCACUCGAGGAUAUUUGUUCUUUGACUUGUACUUUUUAAAAUCUAUGUAGAAAGAGAGAACAUGUUGUUGCUAAAUGUACAGAUGUUCUAAAAAUGUUGGUGGUGUAAAUUAUUCCUCUUAGUUUAGUCAAAACAUCUCUAUCUACCUAAUGGCAUCUGUGAGUCAUCUGUGGCCACAUUUGAAUGUACACAAAGUGUGACUGAUAUUACAGACACUAACAGGGGGCAGGGGCCACUAACGGGGCCCCCGUCAUAAUUGUAACAUACUUAAUACCUUUGUACUCUUAGUUGUCAUUUGUUUUCUAAAACUUAAAAAGAUUAACAGAAACUUAAUUUAUUUUGGAUCACGAUGAGCGUGUUCAUCUCUUACAUACGGUCUAUGGCUGGCACCUCGGGUCACAUGACACCUUCUAGUCGCCCUGCUCUGUUCUCAAUUGAACCAAACUAACUGUCGUCAUACUUUCUCAGCUUAGCGCCACUUGACUAUGUGGACUGAUUCAAGUAUUUCUCCAUGCUCGCCGGUUAGCUAGAUGGCGAGUAAGCAAAGGAGUGUAGGAGUCCCUGGACCCUCCCUUGAGAAUCGCUGCUUUACUUUUCACGUAGUGAGCUCAACCGUGAGGCGCUUUCCAAAAACCAAACUAAGUGUUUUUGUCGCCUGAACCUCAACAAGUGUUCCAUUUGAAUUCUUCACGUUAAACCUCGUGUUUGAAGCGACCGUGACGCUAAGCGGUCUAUCAAGAUCACAGUUUAAUGGUCAGUGACACUGGAGCCCCACAGGGAACUGUUCUGUCUCCCUUCCUGCUCACCUUGUACACCUCUGACUUCCAGUACA